ACGAAGUAGCACUUAGGGUUUAUGUUUGGUGUUAGGCAUUACACCUGGUUUUAGUAAGCUUGAUUAGGAAUUUCCUGGCCUUUCUUACGGCAUUGUUGUUUAAUUUGUUGUGGGCGCGCUGUAUCUUUUGUUCAAUCUAUUGUGUGUUUGGAUUUUUUUCUUUUUGUUUGGAAUUUUUUUUUUUUAAUCUCUUCCUCGUUUUAACUGGAAUUGUUAGUGAACUAACCCGUAGAUGAUCUCGUGUGCUUGAUUCGUGAUGUGUUCAAACAAAUAACCAACCAUUUGACAGCUUGUGUUCGCAGCAUUUUGCUUCUGUACAUCUACUUGUUGUUAUUGUUGCUGCCCUAGCUACAUUCUACUUUACAGAUAUUGAUAUUAAUGUUGUUGUGUCUAAGAUCACAUCAACGAAGCGUCUAGGGUUUAUUUUCUAAUAAGUGAAAAUAUGCAAAAAGAUUUUCCUAGAUUUUUCUUUUUUCUUUUUUUUCUGUCCCCAAUUUUCUUAUUAUUACUAUACAUUGUGUCACCUGUUCAUGUACUCUGUCUGGAUGUCUUGCUUUCUCCUUGUCUUAACUGCAAUUUUGGUUAAUAGUUUGUUUUCUAUGGCUUUGGUCUCGUAUAGCGGUGGCUUUGAAAUUAAACGUCUGAGACCUUAUCAUCGACAUCCCAGUUGGAUGGUUUUUCAGCUUGUUUCAUUUCUACCUCUGAUUAUUAUCGACUAAGAUAACUGUAUUAUUAGUUAUCUUCAAUAAUCUCAACUGUAAGCAACCUAUCCAAUGAUAAGACUCUUUAACGAAUGUGCUAAUAUAUUGGGUGAUAAUAGUUCCCAUCUGACUAUCUGAACAGCAGAUCAGCGUGCCCUUUGAUAUCCAUAAGUUCUCUAAGUCAGAUUCGUUCCUUUCAUAGUUAAUAUUCUGUCUGCAAGUAGCCUAGUAAUUAUGUGAAAUCUCUAGUGUCGUAUCGAUUUGGCAGGGACCUGGUUGUGGUUUCCAAAGAAGAUGAGUUCGAGAAAGGGUGGAGGCAAGACCUUUCAAGCUACAGCUGCUGGUGGUGGUGAUCCAUCAGCAAAGGGCAAAGGAAUUGAUGAGUCUGGUUCUGGGAAAGGUAAUCCAAAGCUUGAUCAAUUGAACCGGGACAUGGCAGAGGUAAAUUUAGACUCUCAAGAAAGUGGGUGGGAGGUGUGUGGCAAGAAAUCCAAAUACAAAAACAAUUCAGCUGCUGGGAAACAGUUGGGCUCAUCAAAUUAUGCGCCUAAAGCACGGGGCCAAUCAGAAGGUGCACCAAGGCAAGGAUGGGGAAAUCCUGGCUACGGAAGGGCUCCAGGAAACAACUCGGCCCCAGUAGCUGAUUCUCGUCGGCCUGCUGGGAGAGGUAAUUCCAAAAUGCAACCUCAAAGUAGGGCUUGGGAGAGAGAAUACAUGGCACCACCUCCAAAUGUAACUCCCACCCUUGCACGUGGCUGGCAAUGGGCAUCAAGAAAUCAAUCAUCUGGCUCUCAGAACAGGAAAGAAGGGGAAUACCCUUCUCAAGAUGCAUCAGUUGGUUACAAUUCUGACACAGACCCAGUUCCCCAACAAACUGAUGAUGUUUCUGAUGAUAAUGAUGAUUUGCUGGUUGAUAGUGAUGAUGAUCUAAGCGAUGACUAUGAUUCUGACGCAAGCCAAAAGAGCCAUGAAACUGGGAAAAAGAACAGGUGGUUCAGGGGUUUUUUCGAAGCCUUGGAUAAAUUGACUGUUGAACAGAUAAAUGAGCAGACAAGGCAGUGGCAUUGCCCAGCAUGCCAUAAUGGUCCAGGUGCCAUUGAUUGGUAUAAAGGUCUGCAACCUUUAAUGACUCAUGCAAAGACUAAAGGGGCAACAAGGGUCAAGCUUCACCGAGAACUUGCUGCGCUUCUGGAGGAGGAGCUUCGUCGGCGAGGGACUUCAGUGGUUCCCGCUGGAGAGCUGUACGGUAAAUGGAAGGGAUUGCGGGAGACCACGACUGAUCAUGAGAUAGUUUGGCCUCCGAUGGUUGUCAUUAUGAACACUUUACUUGAACAGGAUGAGAGUGAUAAGUGGAUUGGCAUGGGAAAUCAAGAGCUGCUUGAAUAUUUCCACACGUAUGCUGCAGUGAAAGCUCGCCAUUCAUAUGGUCCUAAGGGGCAUCGUGGCAUGAGUGUUUUAAUAUUUGAAAGCAAUGCUAUGGGCUAUGUGGAGGCUGAAAGGCUGCACAAGCAUUUCGCAGAUCAAGGAACAGACAGGGAUGCAUGGGAGCACCGUCGGGUGCUGUUCUUAGCAGGUGGUAAACGCCAGUUAUACGGUUACUUGGCACGCAAAGAAGAUAUGGAAAUAUUCAACCAUCACUCUCAAGGAAAAUUACGCUUGAAGUAUGACAUGAGAUCAUAUCAAGAAAUGGUUGUGAACCCAAUGAAACAAAUGAGUGAAGAUAACCAGCAACUUCUUUGGCUCAAGAACAAGGUUGUUAAGCAAGAACAACGUUCUAAGGCACUUGAGGAAACUGUCAAGGUGGUGAACCAGAAACUCUCUGAGACGAUGGAAGAAAACAGGAUUGUGAUGCUCAGAACUAAGAUCCAGCAUGAGGAAAACAAAGAAGAGAUGGACAACCAAGAGCGUUUUUUCAAAGAACAAAUGGAGAAAGUUCAUAAAGCUACUGAGGAGAAAGAAAGGAUCUAUGAAAGGUUGUUACAGGAGGAGCGUGCCAAGGCGAAACAAUGUGAUAUUGAUUCUGGAACCACUGAAGACCGCAAACUUAGGAAGGAAGAGAUUGCGAGGUUUAUUGAUAGCCAGGUGAAGGGGGUCAAAGAGUUCGAAGCGGAGAGAGAGGAGCUGAUUCGUAUGCACGAAGAUAAGAAGGUUAAACUGAGGCGCGAGUAUUUGGCUAAGGAAGUCGAGCUCGAGCAGGAGUUUGAUACCGUCCUCACAGAGUUGAUGGAGAAGUACAAACCCAGUACCUUCCAGACUUCCACCAACCCCUAAAAGCUGGACAUAGUGAAAAUUAAGGGAUAAUCGUUUUUCCUUAGUUGUGAACUAUGACUAAUAUAGAACUGUUACAUAUAAUGCAUGGACUUAAGAAGGGUGAAACUUACUCUGCUUGAAAGGACUUCAAAUUUAUACAAAUAGAACUUGCUUAGAUUGGCUAUAUGCGGCUA